AUGAGGACGUUCCUGAGAACUUGGGCGAUUCUUGGUCUAAUCGGUUUGUCGCGCGCCAGCGAGGUAAGCGUCCUAACGCCCGGGAAUUUCGGCACCUUCGAAGAGGAAGAGAUACUACGUAUGCUUGCGCGCAACAAAACCGACACGACUAAGAACUAUACCUUCGUCGAGCUGAUCAGCAGCCUCGGCAAUUACACGCUCGACACCGACAAGGAUAUAUGGAGCAUCGGCAGACCGGAAGUGCAUCACACCAACCCGCAUUACGAGGUCUUCUCCGAGAAGAUCGACUUCGAGGCGCGCAGAUUAUUGCAGAUUCUCCCCGCGUACGAUCCUGGCGCCGGGCGCGUCAGCGCGGAAUGCAAGCGGCACUCCGACAUCUUCCACCAGGAGCUCGCGAAAUUCACGCUGUGGGCUCUCAAAAUGUACGACGCGACCGCGAAGGUGCCGUCCGGCCUGCUGAGCGGCAACGUGAAUCAGUUCGGCGACUUCGACGAGUGCGUCGGUGUUGAGGGCAAGGAUGGCAUCCGAGGCCAGUAUUGUCUGGCGUACUUGAAGCUCGACGUCGACCAGUCCCGACCCGAUCUCAAGUACCUACACCGCCUGUUGCAUUCGCACUACGCGUUCCGCAGCAAUCUCACCGACGAAGGCCACAGAGUGCCGCGUUUUAACACCAUCAACUGGGCCGUGUGCACGCCUGCGUCGUGCACAGCUGAGGACGUGAAGAACUCUCUUCAGCAUGCUAUUGCCAAGUAUACGGCUCAGACGGGCUUCAAGAUUACGCUGCAAGUGGAGGAGAGCAUGUGCCAGGUGAAGGAGGAGUUCGUCCUGCCGAAAGCAGGCAUCGUCAUCAGCCUUCUCAUCGCCACCGUGUUCGUUCUGACUCUCGUAGGCGCCUAUUACGAUCAUCACAGGAUACCGGCCAGCGAGUUGCUCCUGUCGUUCUCUUUGAAGCGCAACCUCCAGAAAUUGAUGUCGCUGAAGAGACCGCAGGGCGACAUCGCGUCGCUGCACGGUAUCCGAUUUCUGAAUAGCAUUAUGCUGAUUGUGUCCCACAAGAGCAUGGCAGUGUUCUACGAUCCCUACAUAAAUCGAACCUACAUGACCGAGCUCUCAGGCAAACCAUGGACCGUGAUCGCGCGAGCGGCCAGUCUAUACACCGACCCGUUUAUCAUGAUGUCCGGCCUCUUAACGGCCUACUCGUUCAUCGGUCGACUCCAGAGAAGCGGGUCUUUGAACAUCAGGAAUGAAUAUUUCUCGCGCUUGAUGAGGCUGGUGCCGACUCUGGGAGCGUUGGUGUUGUUCUGCACCCACGUGUUGCCGUACGUGAGUUCCGGCCCGCAAUGGAACCUGGUGGUGAGCCAUCACGCGAACAUUUGCAAGAAGACAUGGUGGCGGAAUUUCUUGUUUAUCCACAAUUACUUCGGAUUCGAGAAUAUGUGUCUCACACACACGCAUCACGUGGGCAUAGACAUGCAGCUGUUCGCGGUUUCACCUCUGAUGGUAUUGCUGCUGUACAAGAGGCCGAAGAUCGGCGCGCUGGUACUCGUGAUAGUAGCCUCGAUAUCCACGAUAAUGAGGUUCUACGCCAUGUACACCAGACACCUCAACAAUUACAUAUACUUCGGCACGUCGAUCAGGGAACUCUUUGACACCGCCAAUUACUCCUACACGUUACCGUCGCACAGGCUGACCGUGUACAUCAUCGGCAUUUUCAUGGGCUAUCUGUUGAGGAACUUACCGAAGGACUUCAAGAUGAGCUCAACAACUCUUUACGCAGGCUGGACCGUGUCCACCGUGUUGGUCGUGAUGAUUUUUGCCUGGGCCUCGAAAAUGGGAUUGAUAGAUUACGUGUACAAUCCGAUCGACGCGGCUAUCUACAACGCGUUCGCUCCUAUCGGCUGGUGCACCUUCUUCCUGUGGGUGAUCGUAACACAGCACACCGGCAACUCGAACGGUUUCCUGAGUAGAUUCUUCUCUUGGCGAGGAUUCCUCAUUACCACGAGGCUCAGUUACGCGGUCUACCUGACGCAGUUCCCGAUAUUCUUCUUCAACGUUGGGCGGACGCGCGCUGCGAUGGAAUACGACAUCAUCGGGUAUAUAGUGAACUUCAAAGAAAUAUUAUGGAUCGUUAUCAUGUCUAUGAUCCUCACACUGCUGUUCGACACGCCAUUCCAAAACAUAAAGAACCAUCUGCUGAGGAAACCGGUGCAAAAGAACGUAGAAACAAAGUCAUCCAAAGUGGAGUGAUACUACUUCAAGUCGAAACUUACGACCUGAGUGUCUCUGACCAAAUAUCUUAAUUCGACUGCAAUGAUUUAGAGCAGUGCCUGGGAUUGUAGUUGCACGUUACAAGAGACUUCUCGAUUCUUUCUCUCUCUCUCUCUCUCUCUCUCUCUCUCUCUCUCUCUCUCUCUCUCUCUCUCUCUCUCGCUGUCUCUUUCUUGCCACUCGUGAUUCAACAAUGGUACGUUUCAUACUCGUAACAUUAGAAUCGAUGCAAGUCGCAUUGCGAUUAAUAAUGACAUGUUACGUUAUUUCACUCUAUCGGCUCUUGAAUAUUUUUCCAAGUUGGGCUCCACGUGUUUACUGAACACACAAGCGCGACUGAAAUUGUAACGGCCCGUCUACCUAAGUCGCAACUUGCAAAAUGCAGAUCGCAGGACGCAGAAAUUGACCAAUUAUAGUCGAUUUUCCUCACAUACGACUGUAAUUGAUCAAUUUCUGCAUGUUGCGAUCUGCGUUUUGCUUGUUGCGACCCAUGUAGACGGGCCGUCAUACAAAUUCGCUUCGAAAGUACCAAGCAAUUCUGUGCACUGGUCUAAAGCCUUGUACAUAGUGUUUUUAUCUAGUUUUUAAUUUCGUUAGUAGAAAUUAAUGUACAAUACAUGUUAGAGUGAGAUGUGAAUAGUCACUUACAGGGGGAGGACAGCGGAAAUCAUCAUCCUGCAAAAAUUAAAUCACAAACUCCUUGGUAUAUUUUACUCGGCUAAGAAAAAAAAGUGAUCGAUACAUAUUACAAACGCUAUAGGUUAAUUUUAAGAUAAAGUUGCUUAUUUUAAGAUUCCCAUUUAUUCCUGCUUAACGAAAAGACAUAUCUCAAUUAUAUAUAUCUCUCCUAUUUCUCCACAUAUGGCCAUACACACGGAUAAUUGUAAAUAUUGGUUUCUGAUAAGCAAACAAUUGGUAAAAUAAGACUAAUAAAUUUAUAAAAGCAUUUUAUGUAUUAUCAAUGUAUCAAAGAACUAUACACAUACACACACACAUACACACACAGUGCCGUAUAGUUGAUAUAGAUGAAAUAAUUUGUAUAGAGAAAUUAAAAUGCGCAAUGCCGAUUUGUAUUGUCGUUGCAUAUUUUAAUUUCUGUUCUUGCGAAAACAGCGAUAUAAAAUGUAAUUAUUAAUAAUUUAAAUUAAUAUUUAAAAUGGUUAAUGACGCGAUAGAUAGUUAACAAUUUUUUUAUCUAUGAAUCAGAAACAAAAAUGUGGUUAGUGAAAAGUGCAAGUAAUAAAUUGAGCAAUUGAUUAUGUAAUUUAUAUGUUCACUACGAUAAGAAAGCAUAUUGUAUAGUUUACUUUAUUACAUGACCAUUGACACGUGUGAGGAGAGACAUAGUGCUACAUAACUAUAUCUAGGAAUGCAUAUCGCUCAGGUAAUUUUGGACUGUGUUGUAUUGUAAUUGUUGUUAUUAAUAUUAAACGAGCGUUUUAUAUAACUUUAUUUAUUUUGUUUACUUUUAUGUAUUACACGUAUCGUUCAAGAAAUGCGGCUCACGUAUAAUGUCUCUUCGGUACAAUCCUCAGUUAUCACGCAAAGCGCAGUA